AUGUGGCAAUGUCAACGGACUCCAGUUUUAUUACCUUCAAUUGCUCGAACAUAUUUGUUUCGAUGGACGCAUUCCAACGUCGUCAGCAAAAAUUUAGGAAUUGGAAACAUUCGCAAGGAAGCGAACAUUCAUUCCUUACCGAAAAAGUUGACCAGAUUGCAUCGAUGGGACGAUAUGGAUGAACAAAAUUGGCUGAUGAUCUAUCGAGAUUUUUAUGCUUCACGUUUCAUAGUACUUACUACUUUGACAUUGCCUGUAGUAGGCCUGCUUACAUCGGAGAAUUUUUUGGACGACAUAAAAGCUGGAAGAUUGAAGGAUGCUUUCUGUAAUACAACUACAAUUAAACAGAUGGGUAUUUUCGCGGCGUUUCCGGCACUUGCUUUUGUACUCUUGGCACUUCUUGCACUGCGGCUUAAUUUUAUUCGAAUUCACCGUAUAUAUUUCAAUAAACAAGAUCAGAAGACAUUUGUUGCUGUUGUUUCUCGCUAUUGCCUUUUUACACAAAAGGUCCCCUUCAGUCGACAAAAUAUCAGAAUCUUGGAAAGUGCUGGGCAUCGACUGUGGAGAUUCUUCAAAGGCUCAAUUAAAAUCAACCGGCGUACGUUCGCACUAAUUGAUGAAAACUUCUUGGACAUGAGAUAUUUGCAUCUUCUAGCAGGACGAAGAACGGAAUUUUUUAGAGCUGUUAAAGAAAGCAAAUUUUAG